GCAGCACUUGCCGCAGAGUGUCAGUUUGGCUCGAUGUGCCAGAGCAGCAACAAGUGCUCCGCUGUAUCCCCGUAUCUGUAUCUUUUUUUAUAUCUCCAUCUGCAUUUGCAACCGAAACUGCAAAACGAAAACGAAACUGUAACUCAAGUUGCAACUGAAACCGAGACCCAUAACUUAAGCUGAAGCGCAGCAAGUGCACUCUGGAGACUUCCACAGGCCCUGGGACACGGGAAGAAGUGCAUUUCCUUUCGCUAAAUAAAUUUAAAUUAAGUCCGGCAAUUUCAUCAAAUUAACAGCGGACCAAACGAAUCGAAACGGGACGCUAUAAAUUGAUUAAGGCGGAGAUAAAAUUGCAUCCGAGCCAAGGGUAUUAGCGUCCGAGAGCCACAACCACAGCCACAGUCAAAGCCAAAGCGAAAGCGAAAGCGAAAGCAGCCGCAAAGUGACAGAAUGCUGCUCAAAGGCGCGCAGCUGCUGCGAUGCGGUUUACUUUCCAGACCCCAGAGCCACAAUUUCCGGCUACUAUGCCGCUCGCUUUCCGUCCAUUACGGCGAUGCCAAGACCCUCACCCCGGCCGUCAGGAAGUACUUGGAGCAGUGCGUGGAUCUCUGCCAGCCGGAUAAGAUACACAUCUGCGAUGGCACGGUGGGCGAGAGCAAAAUGCUGCAGUGCCUCAUGCUGAAGCAGGGCACCAUUGUGCCCCUGCCCAAGUACCACAAUUGCUGGCUGGCGCGCACCAAUCCGGCGGAUGUGGCCCGUGUCGAGUCGCGAACGUUCAUUUGUACGGAACGGAAGGAGCAGGCGAUUCCCGUGACGGAGAAGGCCACGCCCAGUGCCCUGGGAAACUGGAUAUCGGAGGGGGAUCUGAAAAAGGCCAUUGACGAGCGAUUCCCAGGAUGCAUGAAGGGCCGUACUAUGUAUGUUAUUCCUUUUAGCAUGGGUCCCGUGGGAUCCCCGCUCUCCAAAGUAGGAAUCGAGGUCACCGACUCACCGUAUGUCGUGGAGUCCAUGAAGGUUAUGACCCGGGCUGGCACCCAGGUCCUGGAUCACCUACAGGCCGGCGACGGGCAGUUCGUGAAGUGCCUGCACUCGGUGGGAACUCCCCCGUCCGGAGUCCACGCCCAACCCUCCUGGCCCUGCGAUCCUGAGAGGACCAUUGUCCUGCACAAGCCCUCCGACAAUGAGAUCGUGUCCUACGGCUCGGGCUACGGAGGCAACUCCUUGCUGGGCAAGAAGUGCUUCGCCCUGCGGAUCGGCAGCACCAUCGCCAAGCGGGAGGGCUGGCUGGCCGAGCACAUGGUCAUCCUGGGCAUCACCAAUCCCAAGGGCAAGAAGAUCUACCUUACCGCCGCCUUCCCCUCGGCCUGCGGUAAGACCAACCUGGCCAUGAUGAAGCCCAGCCUGCCGGGCUACAAGGUGGAGUGUGUGGGCGACGACAUCGCCUGGAUGAAGUUCGACUCCCAGGGAGUCCUGCGUGCCAUCAACCCGGAGUUCGGCUUCUUCGGCGUGGCCCCGGGCACUUCAAAGGCCACCAAUCCCGUUGCCAUGGACACGAUCUUCCGCAACACCAUCUUCACCAACGUGGCCUCCACCUCGGACGGGGGAGUGUACUGGGAGGGCAUGGGGGAUGCGAAUGUGAAGGAUGUCACCGUCACAGACUGGUUGGGAAAGCUCUGGUCCAAGGAGUCGGGCAGAAAUGCCGCCCAUGCGAACUCCAGAUUCUGCACACCCGCUUCCCAGUGUCCUAUCAUUGAUCCCGCCUGGGAGGAUCCGGCCGGAGUGCCCAUCUCGGGCAUGAUCUUCGGAGGACGUCGUCCGGCUGGUGUGCCCCUAGUCUUCGAGGCCAGGGACUGGACUCACGGGGUCUUCAUCGGUGCCGCCAUGAGAAGUGAGGCCACCGCUGCCGCGGAGCACAAGGGCAAGGUCAUCAUGCACGAUCCCUUUGCGAUGAGGCCGUUCUUCGGCUACAACUUUGGGGACUACCUCAGCCACUGGCUGAGCAUGGAGAAGCGCGGCAAGGUGCCCAAGAUCUUCCACGUCAACUGGUUCCGUAAGAGCGAGGAUGGUCAGUUCCUCUGGCCCGGAUUUGGCGAGAACUCACGUGUGCUGGACUGGAUCUUCCGGCGGGUAGAGGGCGAGAAAUGCUACGAGGAGUCGGCUAUCGGACGACUGCCUUCCAAGGACUCCCUGAAUCUGGCCGGUCUGGAUGAGAAAAUCGAUCUCGAGCAGCUCUUCUCGCUGCCCAAGGACUUCUGGGCGCAGGAGGCCCGUGAGAUCGAGAAGUACUUCAAGGAGCAGGUGGGCCAACAUCUGCCCCGGGAGGUGGCCGAUCAGUUGGAGGUGCUGAAGGCGCGUGUGGCCGACAUGUGAUUUGUGUUCCAUUGUGUUCCAUAGGUUACUCCCUAAUCUUAGACCUAAUUGCGUAAAAUAAACCGAAAACGAAAGCGAGAUUUUUAUUGCUGAACUUGA